CAGGUAGUAUAGAAAUCACUGAUGUAAGUAGACGUUGUCAGUUUACAUUUUACAUCAUGAUUAUAUGUUUUAUGCAUACGUGGGUCCGUAUAUCUUUUGCGCUUGAAUAAAAAACGUGGACAAUUUUGUAUAUAAUUACUUUUGUGUAUAGGAUUUGUAAAAGUUUUUUUCUGUGAAGUACGUGUGUAAUUUCGAGAUGAAUCCCUCAGAGCCGAGCAGUACCGAAACUCUCAGGUACAAUGAGUUCACAUUGGAUGAUACUGAAACAAGCUCUAAGAUGAAGGAUGUAAUAGAUGUUCUGGCGAUGCAACGCGAAAAAAGAAAUACGUUGCAAAAAAGUAUUACAAUAGAUUAUACCAAAUCUAGCGACAGUUUUACAGUUUCACGAUUUAUCUUUGAAUGUGGCUUAAAAUUAGAAGCUCAUCCAUUAACAAUAGCUACUGCUGCAACGUUAUAUCAUAGAUUUAUAAAAGAAGCAACAUUGCAAGGAUAUGACAACUAUUUAAUAGCUUCAACUUGUCUUUACUUGGCUGGUAAAGUGAAGGAUGAUACAUUAAAGAUAAGAGAUAUAAUGAAUGUAUCUUACAACACACUUCACAGAGGAUCUCAGCCAUUAGAUCUUGGAGAUCAAUAUUGGAGUAUGAGAGACGCAAUUGUUCAAGCUGAACUUUUGAUUAUGAGAAUGCUUAAAUUUCAAGUUACACCUGUACAUCCACACAAGUACAUGCUUCAUUAUUUACGAUCACUACAAGCCUGGUUUGGCGAAGAGGAAUGGUCCAAGUAUCCAGUUGCCAAAACUAGUAUGGCAUUGUUGCAAGACUUUCAUCAUUCUCCAGCUAUUCUCGAUUAUCCGCCGAGUUUAAUAGCAAUAGCUUGUAUUAAUCUGUCAUUACAAAUUUAUGGUGUAGUUGUACCUUUGAUGGACGAGUGCGAUCAACAGCCAUGGUUCAAUGUUUUCUGCAAAGAUUUAGCAAGGGAUAAGCUGUGGGAAAUUAUGGAAAAAGUUAUGGCAGCAUAUGACGAAGAACCUGAGACAAGAGAUAAUUGAUAAGUGUAAAUUUGUAUCUUGUAUCACAGUAAUAAAAUAUUUCCCUUGUAUUGAAAACCGUCGCAGUUAUAUCGUAACGGUUUUUUGAUGACGAAACUACAUUCUAUGAAAUAUAUAUAUAAUUUUA